AUUUAUAAAUUGCGAUUAAUGGUGCAUGAGUCAGACUCCUCCGACCUUGAAUACAGAGAGUAAUCGAACGAAAAGAGGCAAAUUCGAGCAAUAGAUGGAGACCUCCACCGUAUUCUUAAACGCCGCCACCACCAUCGGCGGUGGUUUUCGUAGACACACGACCAGUGCUACUCUUCUCUCCCGCAAUCCCUACCUGACGACUCCUUUUUCCUUUCUUCCUCCUAACAAGCAGCUUCAACAUCAGUCGCGUUUUAAUUUGCCGAAUACCACCACCACCACUUGCGGCACUAACAUUGCACCGGCUGUUGGAGUGAAUUCUCCCGUCAGUGUACCAAGUGAUACAGUUGACAUUAAUUGGGACACCAUUGGAUUUGGGCUUGUGCAUACUGAUCAUAUGUACACCAUGAAAUGUUCUCUAGGAGGGAGCUUCUCUAAAGGGGAGCUCGUGCCUUUUGGGAACAUCGAGCUCAGCCCAUGUGCUGGAGUCCUCAAUUAUGGCCAAGGAUUGUUUGAAGGCCUAAAAGCAUAUCGUACAGAAGAUGAUAACAUUUUACUCUUUCGUCCUGAAGAAAAUGCUAAAAGGAUGAUGAUGGGGGCAGAACGAAUGUGUAUGCCUUCUCCUUCUGUUGAUCAAUUCAUUCAAGCUGUUAAGGACACUGUAUUAGCAAAUGAAAGAUGGCAUCUUGUGUCUUGUUUUAGAUACCCCCCUCCUGGAAAAGGCUCACUAUAUAUAAGGCCACUGCUCAUAGGGAGUGGAAGUGUACUUGGUCUUGCACCAGCUCCAGAGUAUACUUUUAUGAUCUAUGUUUCUCCUGUUGGUAAUUACUUCAAGGAAGGUUUAUCGCCUAUAAACUUGAUAAUUGAAACUGAAAUGCAUCGUGCAACCCCUGGUGGAACUGGAAGUGUAAAGACGAUUGGAAACUAUGCUGCGGUAUUAAAGGCGCAAGGUGCAGCAAAAGCAAAAGGUUAUUCUGAUGUGUUGUAUCUUGACAGUGUGCACAAGAAGUAUUUGGAAGAGGUCUCCUCAUGUAAUAUUUUUAUUGUAAAGGGAAACUCUAUAUCUACUCCAGAUAUAAAAGGGACUAUCCUCCCAGGUAUCACACGAAAGAGUAUUAUUGAUGUGGCUCGUAAUGAAGGAUUCCAGGUUGAGGAACGAGAAGUAACAGUAGAUGAGUUGCUUGAUGCUGAUGAAGUUUUUUGCACAGGAACAGCCGUGGUUGUAUCCCCGGUGGGUAGCAUAACUUAUCUUGGGAAAAGUGUGACUUACGGAAGCCAUGGUGUAGGACUUGUAUCGCAACAACUUUAUUCUUCAUUGACAAGGGUACAAAUGGGCCUUGUGGACGAUAAAAUGGGUUGGAUUGUCAAACUCAAGUAGCUUCUUUCAUCAUUUGUAAUUUGACUAUGUGGGUAGCGUUUAUGUUGAGCAUUGGAC